GUUGCGUCUGCAGAAUUUUUUUCUUUUUGGUUUUUUAUCUAACUUUUAUAACAAGCGAGUCGAGGGCAGGAAAAUCUUUAGUUCUGCGUUAGCCAUCGAGUGGAUAAGGUCGGCUUUCAACCGAGUUGAAGAAGUGUUGAAAAAAUUAGUUGUGAUCCCGGUUGUAAAAGUUUUGCCAAGUUCAUCAAGUUGCAAUAAGAGGAUUAUGAGAUCUAUGAUAUAAUAAAAUAAAAAUAGCUGAAAAGGAAACAGAAAAGAGAAAACUAUUUCAAUACAUAAGCCCUCCAUUUGAAUAGUCAUAAUGGCUUAUGGAGUAUUUAGCCACAGUAUUUUGCAAUUCGUUGCGCUGGGCGUCUUAAUGCUGUGCAUGACUCAAGCCCAGACGCAGGAGACGGCGACCACAGACAGCUCUGAUCAGCUACGCGAUCUCAGCGAGCAGACCACUUUGCUGGCUACAGAUCCGUCGCUGGGCGAGACAACCACAGAGAUUCCAGCCACAGUCGAUGUGGUGCCGGCCAUCGAGACGGAGAAUCGUAAUGCCCAAUUUGAUCUCUCAGCUGCGGCCGAUUUGGAUACGAAGGACUCGAACGAGAUCUAUUUGGAUAAUGUGAGCUGCGAAUCGGAUGCAGUUGGCUUUGAAAUUGUCACCGGCUAUGUUUUUUCAGCACCUGGCCGGCUCUUGGACUCGCUGCCCGGCACUCUAAUGCUGACGGACUGUCUGGCCACCUGCCUGAAGAAUGCCACCUGUCAGUCCGUUAACUACGAGACGGGCCUCUGCGUGCUAUUUUCAGCACACGCUGAUCAGUUGCCAGGCGCCUUAACCAAAUCGCAGUUUCCGGUUUUCACAAUCUAUGCACAGAAGUCUUGCCUCUCCGCGAAGCACUGCUCUCGGGCCUGGUUCGUGGACCGCGUUCAAAACUACAAACUGAAGUCGGAAGUUAAGCGCAGCCUCGCGGUGGGAUCGCGGCGGGAGUGCUCCGAGCUCUGCCUGAGCGAAACGGAAUUUACAUGCAGAUCAGCAAACUAUAAGAGAGCCACUGGCGUCUGCGAGCUGAGCGAAAUGGACCGUUCGACUUUGGCUGGCACGAAUGCCUUCCAGGUCAUGGACGGCACUGACUAUCUGGAAAACCAUUGCAUCGAGGAGCCGAAUAAGCUGUGUGAGUUCAAGCGACUGCCCGGACGCAUUCUGAAGACGGUGGACUCGGUCUACCAGGAGGUGAGCAGCGUGGAUGAGUGUCGUGAGCUGUGUCUCAAUUCGCCAUACAGAUGCCACUCGUACGACUACAAUGACACGGGCGACAUGGUCUGUCGCCUUUCCCACCACAGCCGCGCUACGCUGACGGACGUGCAGGAUCCCUACCUAGAGGUGCCUGAGGCGGCGACCUAUGAGCUCGCCUCCUGCUACAAUGUGACGAUCGAGUGCGGAGGAGGCGAUAUGCUGGCCAGGAUACGCACCUCGAAGCUGUUCAGCGGCAAGGUCUACGCCAAGGGCUCGCCCAGAUCGUGCGCCGUGGAUGUGAGGAGCGCCCUGGACUUUGAGCUGCGCAUGAACUAUCACGAUCUGGAGUGCAAUGUGCGCCAGAGCCAGAGUGGGCGCUAUGUCAACGACAUUAUCAUCCAGCAUCAUGACAUGAUCGUCACAUCCUCCGAUCUGGGUCUGGCCUUGGCCUGCCAAUACGAUCUGACCAACAAGUCGGUGACCAACGGAGUCAAUCUGGAUGUGCGCGGCGACCUGACGCCCGCUCUAUCGGAGGAGGUGAUUGUCGACUCGCCCAACGUGAUCAUGCGCAUUACCUCGCGCGACGGCUCCGAUAUGAUGCGCUCCGCCGAGGUGGGUGAUCCGCUGGCACUCAAAUUCCAAAUCAUGGACGAGCAGAGUCCCUAUGAGAUAUUCGUGCGCGAACUGGUCGCCUUGGAUGGCGUUGACAACUCGGAGAUCACGCUGAUCGACUCGAAUGGCUGCCCCACCGAUCACUUCAUCAUGGGCCCCAUAUACAAGAGUCCCGGCUCCACCAAGAUCCUGUUAUCCAACUUCGACGCCUUCAAGUUCCCAUCCAGUGAGAUUGUCCAAUUCCGCGCCCUGGUCACGCCCUGCAUGCCCAGCUGUGAGCCGGUCCAGUGCGAUCAGGAGGACACCAGCGGCGAGUACAGAUCUCUGCUCUCCUAUGGCCGCAAGCGCCGUUCGCUCAACGAAACAGCCACUUUCGAGCUGCGUCAGAAACGCGAGGUUAAGACACCCUCAGAUAUGCUAUUGGUUCAGUCCAUUCAAAUCACUGAUAAGUUCGGCUUCGAGGAGCAACAGAGCCGUAAGUCGAACAUUGGCGGAUAUUCGGAGAACAAUGAAACGGAAUUCACAACUACAAAUCCGGGACGCGGCUUCUGUGUCAAUGCAUUUGGACUCAUCACAGCUGCCACGUUCUUCCUGCUCACCCAGUUGGCUAUAAUUGGCAUUUGGACCUUCUGCUAUCAGCGCCGGCAGAAGCUUCAGGCCUACCAGCACUCGUAUUAGGUUAAAUAUCUUCUCUAAGCUUCGAACUCAGAUCGAACAAGUUAAUUUCAGCAGGUGCGCACGACGAGAGCGGGUCACACAUACAUAUAUAAAUCUGUCUCUAUAUAUAUAUUUGAUACUUGGCAGCCUUGGAAAUUGGUCUUGUCUAGUCAUUGCUCGAUUUGGGUGUAGAAUAUAAAUAGAAAUGUCGCGGAUUGUUUGUUGGUUAAUGGAUACUUAUGUAUUUCAGUUCUACUAUUUAUAUAUUUUGAGCCCACUUUACGUACUAUGUACUCUAUGCAUGUUUUCCAGACUUGUGAAGGUAGUUCGAGAACUCCACUGAACUACCCUCGUGACUUUGGAAAAGAAGAAAAAAUCAUGCACAAAUUUAAACUAACUUUAUUAAAUUUAUUUACUAACUUAGGCAAAUGCAGAACGUUUUUUAAACAACACAUAUUAUUUAUUUAUAUAUACAUAAUAUAUUUAUUUUUAUUUUCUGAUAUAUAAUAUACUUAAUAUAUAGAACAUGUAUUAUUGCCGAUAUAUGCAUUUAAUUUAAUUUAAAUAAAAACUGCCUUAAAAAUCAAUAAAAGUAAAAACUUUUUAAUGAAUUCUUUUUGUGAGCGGAUUAUUUAUACUGCAAAUAGAAACGAUUUCUUGAUUUAAUUGGAAUGACGAGCGACAAAAGACGUGUGAAAGAAUCGAAUUUUGCACAGUUUCGAUUGUAACAAGGUAAUAUUUGUAUGGCUCUUUUUAGAGACACCUGCGCUAAUUGAAGCUUUCUAAUGCUGCCAGCAUAAAAUCCCAUUAUGAUGCCCAGACUUUCGAUCAGAAUCAACAUCCGACUUACGACUUGUUCUUGAUUUCGUGACCUACACCGAUGACAAAGCAACUUUGAGCAGCCAGACUGAAUGGACUGAAUGAAUGAAUAAUGGACCUUAACUAAAUCAAAACAGAAAACAAAAUGAAGACUGCCUUGAGAUCUUUAA